UUCGUGAUAUGACUUUAAUCUGAAGUAUUUCUGUGCGCAUCUCUUGUGGAUCGGAGCCGCGCUUAUCCGCUCAUCACGUCUUAUUGCGUCUAUAAAAAGUUUCCGACUGACAACCUGUCAGACAGAGCAUCAGUACCCGGUUGACCCGGUACGUCGGUGGUACCGGGUCUUAUGAAAAUUAGGUACCGACAACUUUUUUAUUUUUAGGUACCGACUUGGACCCGAAGUACCGGUACUUUUGACAACACUAACCCAAUGUAACUGUUGCUUUUCUGAAAUAAAACCUGAAUAAACCUCGAUGUCAUAUGCGGCCGAGGCUGACAAAUGUGAUCUCCGGAGGACGCAUGCAGCCUUCAAAGACGCAGCUACUUUGUCCAAGUUUCUAAAAGUACAUUCUAAAAUGCUGUUACGAUUGAGGUUUGACGUGUUAAGACCGUAUUUCCCCUUGUUUUGGUCUAUUUUUCUUUAGAGCCUGUAUCUUUUAUCAACCCCAGUAUUAAUAAAUGUGUUCGUAGUGCAUUUCAUCUUUUGUGCGUUUAUUUCGUUAACCAAUGUUGCACUAUGGCAGCUAUAUGUUCACGGAAAUAAAGUAACAAAAAUCAAAUUAAAUCAAAUUUACUUUAUCAGUUAUUAUAGUUAUUUUAGGCACUCUUUAAAUAAAAAAUGACAAAAAAUAUUGGCUGUAAUGUCACAGAAUGUCAGACUGAAACAUAACUGCUCUUUUUCAGCCAACUACUUAAACUGAGACAUUUAUUCAAGAAGUUUAUUAUAACCUGAAAACAAUUAGGCUUACUAGACACAUAGAAUUUAAAGUCAAAGCUCUUAAACAGACAAUUAAUCGUCAUAAUCGCAAUGAUUUAUUAGACAAUUAAUCGUCAGCCAAAUUUCAUAAUCGUGACAGCCCUAGUAGCAAAGUGUCAUUUCUUCAGUGUUGUCACGUCAAAAGAUAUAAUAAAAUAUUUACUAAAAUGUGAGGGGUGUACUCACUUCUGUGAGAUAGUGUAUGUACCGAAAAAAUCUUACUUUUAACAGUUUAGGUUUAAUAGGAAGCAACGGACCAUUGUAAAUACAUAUAACCGGAACCUAGUGAGCCAUACGAUUUCGAGUCAGUAGUACAUCACGAGGCUACGUGCAAGUAGUCCAUUUCCCUGUGAGUUCUUGUAAGGCAUGAGUGGUUCAACUUUCUACUUAAACUACUUAAUAAAAAUCACGUCAGAUUAGUACAUAUAGUGGACUAUUUCUUUUAUUUUUACAUUUUUUCUUUAGGAAAUGAGCCAUCUUGCAGGUCAGAUUAGGCGCCUUUAUGGAUCGAAUAAAAAAGCUUUGCGGCCAUUCCACAUUUUCCUGACAGAAUUGAAAGAGGACAGUCUGCUGUAUAAAGAAUGUGUUAGGAUGAAUGACGGCUUCCUGAAUUAUUUGAUGGAUGUGACAGAUGAGAGCUGGUUUCAUCUGUUCCCCACUGAGGAUGUGAUAUAUUUAACCCCAGACGCAAAUGAAGCUUUAGAACGUGUGGAUGAAGAUAAAGUGUAUAUUCUUGGUGGUUUAGUGGAUGAAAGCAUACAAAAGAAAAUAAGUUACAAAAGAGCGAAAGAGCUUGGAGUCCACACAGUGAGACUGCCUAUUGAUGAAUACAUGGUGAAGAAGUCCAACCCCAAAAACUUCCACUCCAAAAUUUUGGCAAUCAACCAAGUGUUUGAGGUCUUGCUGGCUUUUUGUGAGACCAAAGAUUGGACUACAGCUCUUGCUUCUGGUAUCCCACCUGGAAAGGGUUACGUGGUGACUUCACUGAUGUCCUCAGAGGUUGGACAAUGAUUGGCCCUCCAGAGCAGCAGGAAAUCAGUGACAUUCUUUGGUCACCCAGAGUUUGAGGCCAUGACCAAUGCAAAGUGACCAUGUUUGCACAGUAUAUUUAUUACAUAGUCACCGUAACUGUAUUACAGUAUGCCUGCCGUGUUUGUCAGGGUGGAGGUGUUACUUGAAUUGCUAAUAUUUAAAAUAUUUUGCUGUAUCUUUUGUUUACCAUUUUUACUUGAUUCUCAGGAAUAGUUUACAUACAAAAUGUCUAUUAACUCAACAUUUGUUGAGCGUUAAAUAAAGCUAUUGAAUCAUAACACUGAUGUUCUAAUGUCUUG